AGCUGAAGACUCGGCGCAUGCGUGUGGACUCCCGGACGUGUGGUUUUUGAGCAGCAUGGCAGCGAUAGGAGUUCAUUUCGGAUAUACGUGCGCAUGUGUGGCGGUUUUUAAGGAUGGACGUGCCGAUGUCGUUGCUAACGAUGCCGGAGACAGAGUGACUCCAGCUGUGGUGGCCUACAGAGACACUGAACAGAUAGUCGGGAUUGCAGCGAAGCAGGGACGUUUCCGAAACGCUGCAAACACUGUGGUGAAGGUGAAACAAGUGCUGGGAAGAAGCUUCGAAGAUCCAGAGACUCAGACGCACGGAUCAGAGACCAAGUGUCAGGUGGUGAACCGGGAUCAGAAGGUGUUUUAUGAGAUCUCAGCAGGAGAUCAGACUGAUUUCGUUUCUCCAGAGAAUGUUGCCAAACUCAUCUUCAACAAGAUGAAAGAAACAGCUCAGUCAGCUGUUGGCUCUGAUAUCACUGAGGCCGUCAUCACUGUCCCCUUUGAGUUUGCACAUGCUCAGAAGAGAGCUCUGAGAGAAGCAGCUGAGGCUGCUGGCUUUCACGUCCUUCGUCUGAUUCAUGAACCGGCGGCAGCUCUUUUGGCGUACGAUGUGGGACAGGAGAGUUCAUCAGGGAAGAGUCAUGUUCUGGUGUGGAAGCUGGGUGGAACUUCCCUCAGUGUGACGGUUCUGCAAGUGAACGGAGGAAUGUUCCGGGUUCUCAACACUCACACUGAUCACAGCAUCGGAGGAGAGAGCUUCACGCAGGCGCUCGCUCUGCACCUCGCUGCAGAGUUCAAACGCACGUUCAAACACGAUGUUAGCUCUAACGUUCGUGCCAUGUUGAAGCUGAUGAGCGGAGCUGACAUGGCCAAACACUCUCUGUCCUCUCUGGGAUCAGCAAACUGUUUCGUCGACUCGCUGUAUGAUGGCGUUGACUUCGACUGCAGCAUCUCCAGAGCUCGCUUUGAGCUGCUGUGCUCGUCACUUUUUAACAAGAGCAUCCAGCCAAUCAGGGUCCUUCUGGAGGUGGCGGGACUUUCCACCACAGACAUUAACAAGGUGGUCCUCUGCGGCGGCUCAGCCCGGAUCCCUCGCUUGCAGCAGAUGAUCAGGGAAAUGUUUCCUGACGUAGAGCUACUGAGCUCGGCACCUCCUGAUGAGGUCAUCGCUGUGGGCGCAGCCCUGCAGGCGGGGUUGCUGGUUGGCCGGGACGGGCUGAGACCUGAAGAGGAGUCGGUCACUGUUGAUGUUUCUGCCACUGACAUCCUGUUGAAGGAGCUCAAUGAAUCUGGAGCAGAGUUGUUCACUGUGCUCCUCCCCGCGGGUACGCCCCUUCCUGCACGCAGACAUCAUGUCCUGAGAGGAGGGGGGACGCUGUCCUCCCUCUGUGUGGGGAUCUACCAGAGAUUAGUCUCCAUGCAGCCAGAGAAGCUUGCUCAGAUUAUCCUGAGAGACCUGCAGCCGUCAGAGGAACACAACGUGGACACUGUGCUCACCAUGAAGAGGGACGGCUCACUGCAUGUGUCCUGUGUGGAUCAGAGCAGUGGGAGGUCAGAGGUGGUCACUGUUGCAGCUGCUUCAUGAAGCUGAUUGGCUGUCAGUAAAAGUUCAUUUUUUUUAAAUCAAUAAAUGUGAUCACAAACAAA